AUGGACAAAAAAAAACGCAGCGGAACAUCCUCCACAUUCAAGGAAAUUCAAAGCUUCAACAAAUCCUACCUGGACCUGAGCAAUUACAGUAAAGAUAAUUAUGGCAAGCAAAAUUCCAUUAACAAUACAAAUGAGGUCUUCGAGUUCUUUACCAGCAUAACCAACAACCAGAAGGACAUAAGCAAAAAGUACGAGCAGUUAUUUUCCUUAAUUAAAAAGUUUGGGAAGGAAAUUAAAUACCUGCUAGCCAAAAAUGACGAGUACAGCGGUAUCCUCAUCGACACCAAAGAAUGCGUGAAAAGGAUAAAGUCCAAACUCAGUGGGGAUUCCUGCGAGGAGUUCGAGAAUUUAGAGGAGGAACUGCUGAAAGACAAAAAUAACAUCGACGUGAUAAGCAAAAUAGUGACCUACCUCUGGGAAGAAAUAGGAUACUACAACAAAAACUCCAGUGAGUGGAAUAAAAAAAUCGAGGAGUUAAAAAAGUACAUCGGAAGUAAAGAUGAAUUUAUAAAGCUAGAAAGGAAACUAACCCUAACAAGUGAAGAACUGAAAAAGGAAAUGGUAGAUAAUAUGAGUUCCCUUAAAGAACAACAAGAUUUGAAAAUAAAAAUUAAGGAAGAGAGAAAUAUUUACAGAAAGGAUAUUCAAAAUGUGCACGAAAAAAUUCUUUAUGUCAUUUUAAAAUUUCUGUUACGUGAUAAAAGGUGUAAAACUCAGAAAUAUUUUUUUCUUUUCUGGUUGAAUACAACUAGAAGGAGGAAAGAAGCAACGAACCAAAUGAUAUCACGCCUUGAGAAAAAAAUGCAGUGUCUAUUAUUCUUUUGCUUCAGAAAGUUAAAGAGUAAUUCGUUCGAAGGGCAUUUAAUUGAUAAGAUUACGGGCCUGGUCGAUUUCCCGCUGCAUGGGAAUGGUGGUCGCGGCAGCUCGCAAAGGGGUAUCCCGAGCAAAGCAGGGCGCGGCUACGAUUAUAAAGGCAAUACCAAUGACAGCGGUAAUCACUACAGCAGCGGCAAUCACUACAGAAGCGACAAUCACUACAGCAGCGACAAUCACUACAGCAGCGGUAAUCACCAAAACAGUCGAAAUACCUUGCGCAGCACACCGCAGGAGAGAAACAAAAGCAGCGUGUUCUCCAACCUAGUGAACAGCGACAAAACCCGAGACGGUGAUAACACGUCUCCCGUUAGUUAUGACCACCUUAAUAGUGCAUCGAGGAAGCGAAGCGAAUCGAUGCUUUUUUACAAGAAGGAAAAUAGCUCUGCCACGCAAAAAAGUGAUGUAGCGACAAACUUGUAUGACCAGUCUGGGGAUUUCUCAUCCGGGAAGAGGGACACCCAGCGGUUUGGAAACGAUAGCGAGGAUGGCGAGAGGGGUGGCGGCAACGUCGACCGCAGGGGCAGCCACAUCGACGCGAAUGGGUCCUACGAAAAGAAUGGGUCCUACGAAAAGAACAGCUCCUACGAAAAGAAUGGAUCCUACGAAAAGAACAGCUCCUACGAAAAGAAUGGAUCCUACGAAAAGAAUGGAUCCUACGAAAAGAAUGGAUCCUACGAAAAGAACGGUUCCUACGAAAAGAAUGGAUCUUACGAAAAGAACGGCUCCUAUGAAAAGAAUGGCUCCUACGAAAAGAACGGCCCCUACGAAAAGAACAGCUCCUAUGAAAAGAACGACUCCUACGAAAAGAAUGGCUCAUACAAUAGGAACGCAGCUAACGAUAGGAACUGCGCUUACCAGAAGAACAACCUGUGCGGGCCAAGCCACGAGCCGCAGGAAUACCCCAGCAGGGAGUCGAACCACCACGCUGAAAAGAUGUACGACAAUUUAGUUCGCCAAAUGAAGGAUAAGGCGGACAGGAAAAGCGUAGAAAUGAUACACCAAACAAUCAAAAAAAUGAAUAAUAAAAUUAAUGACAUCAGGGACACACUGGACAAGCAAAACAAAAUCAUGACGAAUGACGACAUGCACAAAAAUGUCCCAUAUGAUAAGUCUUCCCUAAAUUGUAAAAAUCACUCAAAUAAAAAACACUCCGAUCUGGAUUGUAACCUCUCGGUAGCCAACAGUUCGUUAAACCUCCCCCCCGAAAGAACGUUAAGUGAAUAUUUAAUAAAUAAAAACAAGUCGAGAAAUACAAACACUGAUGAGUUGAACAGGGCAAAGGGGUUGAGGAAGCAAAGUGAGCACUUCCAAAAAAUGAGUGAAUAUAAUAAUCGCCAAAAGAAAUAUGAUAACCAUGCACACAAGAAGAGCUAUGAAAAUAUGGAAAAGUGGAACCUAAAUAACGAUAAAUAUUCCCACAGUAAUUCUAUGGAUAUGACAAGUGUUGACGAGAGUUACCUUUACCAGAGAGAGUCCAAAAGCAGUGCUCGCAGUGGUUCCCAUCUGAAGAAUGCUGCCAGCGGUCUCGGCGGUGGUCAUAGCAGCAGCAUAGGAAGUGGCAUCGGAGGAGGCCAAUACAGUGCCGCGUGCAGCAGCAAGGGGGAAACCAAGCGUGGCGGCAGGGGGGACUCCAGAGGUGAAGCCAGACACGAGUCCAGACGCGAGUCCAGACGAGACUCCAAACGAGACUCCAAGCAUGACUCCAAGCAUGACUCCAAGCAUGACUCCAAGUAUGACUCCAAGCAUGACUCCAAGCAUGACUCCAAGCAUGACUCCAAGCAUUACCCCAAAAGCGACGGCAGAGAGGCGAAAUCCGCGCACAGUACGCACCACGCGACGAGCAACAGACGGGACUUUAUCGAAAAUAGCAAUGCGAGUUCUUCCCCGUCGGAUAUAAAGCUCAUUCUCAGGACCGGAGGGGGCUUUCGAAAACUAAGUGAACACUGUCAAAAAAAUUAUAUAGAAAAAUUGAACUACCUGAAUGAUAACAAUUUGUUGGGUUACGAAACGAACCUUAACAUAAAAAUAAAAGGACACCCAUUUAUACAUAAUGUGCCCAAUGGUCAACAAAAGGAUCACAAAAAGGAAAAAAGACACAGAUCACUUUCUAAGUUUUAUAAUAUGCAUUAA